AUGACGAGACAUCAAAGCCUAGUGAUGAUGAAAUGCAACAUUGGUCAGAGCGAAAUCGGCAGUAAGAGGACAAGAACACGAGGGGAGAGGAUGAGCAUUUUGGAUGAGACCCGGCCAUGGACAAAACCAAGGGAAGAAGAGAAGAAUCUUCAUGGCAUUCGAACCAUCGCGCCUCUCCAGGUCGAUACCACAACAGCCCGGGACAGAGUGGACUGGAACCCGUAUGAUACCCAGGCCAGCUGUGCUGGAGAGACGCCUCGUCUGCUGACAUACCUGCCGACUUGCAAGUUAAUCUUGAAGAAGAGAAAAGAGGCGACACAAAUGGAGGGAGGCACGGGAUAUUUAUAUGCGUUGGAGGCUGCCGUACCAUCGGCGUGUGGAGUCAUUCUAGUCGUAUGA